UUGCUAUGUUGGCUUCGACACGUCUUGGGAUGUUCUCCGAGUCUUCCACGAACUUGAGCCCUGAACACCCAGAUCCAUCGUUGUUGGCGAGAGGCAGGGACGAUUGGUCGGCUCCGGUGCCCUUGUUGAUAAGCGAGUUGGGCCUUGGCUCGUCGGAUUUGUGUGAGGCAGACACACCCGAAAAGCGCAGAGCGCUUCUUGCACACCAAUUCCAGGAAAUCCUCAUGGAUGCAACGAAUGCCCAAACACCUCUUGACUUGCUGAGCGACGAGGAUUUUUUGGGGGAUGAGAUCAACGAGAUCAUGGCUCGAGAACAAGGAGAUGAAGACGAUGACCUUUGCUUUGAUUUUGAUGCACGCGCUUCAUCGGCAUACAGGCCGUAUCCGAACAAGGCCGUGAGUGGAGUGCUCAGUUUAUUGGCACGCUGGAACUCAUCUAAACGUCUCAGAUGAUGCUCCUUGAUAUUAUGGACAACUUGCCGCGCU